UUCAUUUCACCGGCAAAAGACGAUUGAGCAUCGGCGUCACGUUCCGGAUCCGCUUGCCGUCCCCGCAGCUGGACAAGAGCGAGGUGACCACUCUCAGCCUCCCGUCCGCCGGCAGCCAUGGAGGCUCCGACAGCAACAUCAGCGCGGACGGCGCGGCGGGGUCGGCGUCCGGCGGCCCCCCCGAGGCCGGGGCGGGCUGCGGCGAGCCCCAGCGGACGCGGGCCGCUCUGGAGCACCUGCAGCAGAAGAUCCUGAAGGUGACCGAGCAGAUCCGGGUGGAGCAGGAGGCCCGCGACGACAACGUGGCCGAGUACCUGAAGCUGGCCCACAACGCCGACAAGCAGCAGGCCUCCAGGAUCAAGCAGGUCUUCGAGAAGAAGAACCAGAAGUCCGCGCAGACCAUCGCGCACCUGCACAAGAAGCUCGAGCACUACCACAAGAAGCUGAAGGAGAUCGAGCAGAACGGACCGGCCCGGCAGCCCAAGGACGUCCUGCGGGACAUGCAGCAAGGACUGAAGGACGUGGGGGCCAACGUCCGAGCGGGGAUAAGCGGUUUCGGCGGGGGCGUGGUGGAGGGGGUCAAGGGCGGAGUGUCGGCCCUCACUCACACCGCCGUGGUGUCCAAGCCCAGAGAGUUCGCCAGCCUCAUCAGGAAUAAGUUCGGCAGCGCCGACAACAUCGCCCACCUCAAGGACACCCUGGAGGACGGCGUCGGGGGCCACUCGGACGACGCCCCGACCCCCCGCGCCCUCAGCGGGAGCGCCACUCUGGUGUCCAGCCCCAAGUACGGCAGCGACGACGAGUGCUCCAGCGCGACGUCCGGCUCGGCCCCGGGCAGCAACUCGGGAGGGGGCGGAGGGGGCGUGCUGGUCCCCACGAUGGGGAGUCCCAGACUGGACGGGCACCACACCACCACCACCAUCACGUGCACGUCGUGGGACUCGCUCCUGGAGGCCUUGCAGGAAAUUAAAGCCGGGCAGGCCCACAUGGAGGACACCAUCGAGGACAUGAAGGGCCAGCUGCAGAGCGACUACUCCUACAUGACGCAGUGCCUGCAAGAGGAGAGAUACAGGUACGAACGACUUGAGGAGCAACUGAGCGACCUGACGGAGCUCCACCAGAACGAAAUGAGCAAUCUCAAGCAGGAGCUGGCCAGCAUGGAGGAGAAAGUGGCCUACCAGUCCUACGAGAGAGCGAGAGACAUUCAGGAGGCGGUGGAGUCGUGCCUGACGCGCAUCACCAAGCUGGAGCUGCAGCAGCAGCAGCAGCAGGUGGUCCAGCUGGAGGGGGUGGAGAACGCCAACGCUCGGGCACUGCUGGGCAAGCUCAUCAACGUCAUCCUGGCGCUGAUGGCCGUGCUGCUGGUCUUCGUGUCCACGCUGGCCAACUUCAUCACGCCGCUGAUGAAGACGCGGGCGCGGGUGGGGGCCACCGUCCUGCUCACCGUGCUGCUCUUGGGUCUGUGGAAGCAUUGGGACUUUGUGGAGCUUUGGCUUCUGCCCGGCUGAGCUGCCCACCAGCGGAGAGUCGUCCCCCCUCCCCAAAUUCAGACACCUUUGGCCUAUUUCCUUCUCCUUCUUUUGG